GGCCGGUCCACUUGGUGUCGCAUUCUGCACUCCGAUCGGCGACCCGCAUUGUUCCGCGACGCGAAUUGUAACCUUCGUUUUGACGUGGUUCUUUGUUUGAUGUGCGCCUGUGAGCUCCAAUAGAGCCAGUGAUGUGUAGUUUUGUGAUAUAUGUGGUGUCAGUGUGCAGUGGAUUUGUGAAUACUGUGUUCCAUGGACAAAGGAAUGUGCUAACAAAGGAACUGUCCCUGUGACUAGAACACCACCCAGCCACUGAACGAAUCUCAAUAUAUAGCUACUUACUGGUUCUUCAGACUGAUUUAUAUGAAGAUGCAAGGGACACAAUAAGCCCACAUUAUAAAGUUGAUGAAAUUUAAUGGAUGUGAUUUGCCUUUGUUCACACAAAGCUUGCACUACUGUGGUAAAAUGUACCUGAUGGAAUAUCAUGGUCAAGGUAUGGACGCGGGCGGGAACAAUUUUGACUCCGGUCAGCAAUCACAAGAGCAGGAGUUGGCGACGAAGAUGCUCCAAAUUCAGUCCAAGCGUUUCUACCUGGACGUGAAGCAGAACCGGCGAGGCAGGUUCAUCAAGGUUGCAGAGAUUGGCGCGGACGGCCGGCGUAGUCAGAUCUUCCUGGCGAUGUCGACGGCCGCGGAGUUCCGCGACCACCUGACCAGUUUCAGUGACUAUUACUCGUCGUUGGGGCCGCCCAACCCGGACACUGUGCCUGAUGACGGCAAGCUCAAGUCAGAGAUGAUGCUCAAGGACAACCGGCGGUACUACCUGGACCUGAAGGAGAACUCCCGCGGCCGGUUCCUGCGCGUGUCGCAGACCAUCACGCGGGGCGGCCCGCGCAGCCAGGUGGCGCUGCCCGCCCAGGGCAUGAUCGAGUUCCGGGACGCGCUCACCGACCUGCUCGACGACUUUGGCGUCGACGACGGCGGUUUCAAAGGCGAGCUGCCUGAAGGGCGCCACCUGCGCGUAGACAACAAGAACUUCUACUUCGACAUCGGCCAGAACAACCGCGGCAUCUACAUGAAAGUCAGCGAGGUGGUACCAUCGUUGCAAGUGAAAAGCAACUUCCGCACCGCGAUCACUGUCCCCGAGAAAUGUUGGACACGCUUCCGCGACAUCCUCGCCGACUACUGCGACAAGAUGUGUCGCGCUCAGCAUCCGCUGGACCAACACCAGGGCGGCGGACCCCCGGGGGGCGGCGCGGGGGGCGCGGGGGGCGCCGGCGGCCGCGCAGGCUCCUCGCAGCCCGCGCCGGACAUAGAGGCGGGGUGCGGCGCGCCGAGUCGGAUUUGAUGGUCGGGCGCGCGC